UGCUUCUCUUAAAGCAGUCUGACCCAGAAGAGCCGGCAGACGACCCGGUUCCGAUUCUUCUUCUUAAAUAUUUUUUGUUUCAUUCUGAUUUCAAUUAUUGUAGUACUUGUAGUAAAAAGUGGUUUUUUUGUGUUCUUAUAAUGAUUACUUCAAUAUGGCCUGUUAUGACACUUAGCUUAACCUUGGCACUGAGUUUCUGCAAAGGUCAACCAGUAGAAUUCAUUCGUGAAAAUCAAUUUCCUGUUCAAGAAUUACAGGUACCCAAUAAGAUAAAGCAAUUUGUAUUUGAACCAAAAUUGCAAAAUUUGAAAGGAUUGGAAGAUAUUAGCACAAAAUAUCCCAAAGUCGAAGAAUUAAAAAAUGACCUUAAAGAACCGUUAUACCAAAAUGAAGAAGAUGAGAACAUUCAACCUCAAACAAGUACCACAGAAUAUUUAAAUCUAAAUAAAGACACAAUAGAGAAUACUCAAAAAAUAAUUAGAGAACCCACGACACCAUGUCCGGAAGAUCUAAUAAAUAUGUUAUCAGGCGAAAACCAAGAUUCUUUAAAUGACAAAGCAGAAAAUGAGGAAACGGUAGUAAAAGAAGAAACCAACGAAGGGCAAUAUAUGACAGAGACUACAAUAGAUGCCUCUCAAAAUAAUAUUGAAGGAUCUACAGUAAGUUCAGAAGAUGUAGAACAACUAUCGAAAGAAAAUGAAGUUACUUUUACCAAAAACGUAAUUAUUGAAAAUCCGCAAAAUCCAAAUGAACUAAUCACACAAGAAAUAGCCGAAGAAUCCACAACACCAUGUUUGGAAAAACUAGCACAGGAUGUACCAGAAGGAAAUAAAGAACCAACUAAACUACAAGAUAAGGAAGAAAUUACAUCGGAAGUCCCUGAAAAAUUGUCAGAUAAUUACCAAAAUUUCUUAAAUAAAAGUACAGAAAUGUCGAGUUAUGGUAAUGAUAAUAAAGAAAUGCCUACGAAUGCAACUACAAAGCUUCCAGAAAAAAUAGCUCAAAAACAAGCAGAACAGGAUGGAAAAGAACUGAUGGAACAAGUUAAAGAAGUACGUAAUGGCGAGACCUCUGCUUUGGAAGGCGUCCAUACAGCUGAAAAAGUUACUGAGCAACUAAUAAAGAAAAAUACAAUGAUAGAAGAGGAUUCCACUACUCCAUGUGUUCAAGAAAAUACUAACCCCUCAGUAGAAUCUUUGCUUCAAGUUCAGAAAAAUUCUUCCCUUUUAAAAUUGCUUCAGCAGAAACAUAAUAGAUCUAAACGCCAGGUCCCUCAGUACUAUACGCAAAAAGCUUAUCCAAAUAUUAGGACCUACCAACAGCUUCAGAGACAAUAUCAAGCUUUUUAUCCCAAAGGUUAUGUGAAGCCAGCUGUCUAUAGACAUAGAACAAAGAAUAGUCAGAAUAGACGUCAAGGUAACGUUAAGUCUAGAAGCAAUACUACAAUCAGAUCUAUUAGAGCAGCUUUUAAAAAAAAGUUUAGACCUUCUCCUGUUUUUCCUUAAGUAAGGGUCUUAGAUAAGUUAUUUAUUUAUUUAUAUACUUAUUUAUUAAUAUUCUAUCGUAAUUUGAUUUAUAUAGUUGUUUUAAAAUUUAAUUAGAGAAAGUACUGGAUCAUAGUUGAAAAUUCGUAGAAGAUUUUGAUUGUUUUUUAAUAAAAUUACAAAGAUUUUCUUGUCACUUCUUUUACCAUCAAUAACAUAAUUGCAAUAUAAAAUUAAAUAAAAGCAACUUGAGUAAGGUA